CUCCAGCCUUGUGGGAUGUGGUUUGGGGCCAGCGUUUUUUUAGACCUACCUCGCAGGACGAAAGUCAUCAGUAUCCGGAUUAAAGGGAAACGAUUCCACUUGAGUACAAGGGAAAAAGCCCCCCAACCCCGGGCGCCGCGGAAGCGGCGGAGCUUUACGGACACUGGGAGGCUGCCGCGCAAGAAGCGCCGUCUCCUCCUCCUCCAUCUCCAGGGCGGGGACGCCGAGCGUUGCUACGUGACGUCAUCAGCGCGCGCCGAGGCCUUGGUCACCUCCCCGUUGCACGAGCACGAGCUGGAUGGACGGAAGGCCAUGGGGGCCUGGCGGAGGCUGCUGCUGCACCCCGGUACCUCUCCCUGGGGCUGCGUCCGCCGCUCUGAGUGGCCGAAGAGCGGCCCGGCCUCGUCUUGGCGGCCGCGGUCAUCUGGUGCUGACAGUGAUGCCUUAAAAGACAGAAGAGCACAGAUCAUGGCUAGAGGACUUCCAAAGCAGAAACCUAUAGAAGGUGUUAAACAAGUCAUAGUAGUGGCUUCUGGAAAGGGGGGUGUUGGAAAAUCAACUACAGCAGUGAAUCUCGCACUUGCUUUAGGAGCAAAUGAUUUGUCAAAGGCCAUUGGUUUGCUGGAUGUGGAUGUGUAUGGCCCUUCAAUUCCAAAGAUGAUGAAUCUUCGAGGAAAUCCAGAAUUAUCGGAGAGCAACUUAAUGAGACCCCUCUUGAAUUAUGGCAUCUCUUGUAUGUCUAUGGGCUUCCUGGUGGAAGAGACAGCACCGGUUGUUUGGAGAGGGCUUAUGGUGAUGUCAGCCAUAGAGAAACUGAUUAGGCAGGUAGACUGGGGUCAGCUGGACUAUUUAGUUAUUGACAUGCCACCAGGAACAGGAGAUGUACAGUUAUCAGUCUCUCAGAAUAUCCCUAUUUCAGGAGCUGUGAUUGUCUCCACUCCACAAGACAUCGCACUGAUGGAUGCCCACAAAGGAGCUGAGAUGUUUCGGAAAGUCAAUGUUCCUGUUCUGGGUCUCAUCCAAAACAUGAGUGUUUUCCAGUGUCCAAAAUGUAAACAUGAAACUCAUAUUUUUGGAGUUGAUGGUGCAAAGAAACUAGCAAAAACCCUUGGUCUUGAUGUUUUAGGUGACAUUCCAUUACAUCUUAAUAUAAGAGAGGCAUCAGAUUCAGGCCAACCUAUUGUGUUUUCACAACCUCAAAGUAAUGAGGCCAAAGCUUACCUAAGGAUAGCAGCCGAAGUCGUGAAGAGAUUGCCACCACCACCUGCAUGAUGUCCCAAGAGCUAACACCUGGAAACAGUUACCAAGACACUGAAAAUAAGAUGACCUUUGAAGAUCAACAGGUUUAAACCAAUAGAAAUGUAUUAAUGAUCAAAUUUCUAUUUCAUUAUAUUUAUAAAGAAAUCAUGUUUUGCUCUGUACACAUUUGAAUUUUCUGGGUUCAUCUACAUCUAAAUAAAGUGUUUACAAUAGUAA